AUGGCCGCAUCCCAGCUCACGAUAGAGUGCGCAGAUGGGAGGAGGGGCGGCAAGCUGAAGACGCGCAAGGUGGACACGCUCCAACUGCAUGGCACUGGCACGCCCCUGGGGGAUCCCAUCGAGGUGGGAGCUGCACUCUCCACCCUGGCCCCCAGGCACCGAGGGCACAGCCUGGCGCUGGCGGCGGUGAAGGCCUCCACCGGCCAUAGCGAGUCGGCCGCUGGCCUCCUCAGUUUGGCAGCGGCCAGCGCUGGGGCGGGCUCCGCCUACCUGGCCCCGCUGAGGACGCUGCGGACGGUGAACCCCUACGUGGCCGCCAUCGAGCAGGUCUGCAGGGGUGGCAUCCAGGCUGCCAGGCUCCAGGGGCCUCGGCCCGGGUGUGGCGCAUCCGACCAAACACUGGCCGGCGCCAGCUCCUUUGCCUUCCAGGCAAGCUGCGAUUGCCACGGGAACCGCAUCGCCGCUUUUGCUGACGGCACGGCGGGGGUUGAGGACCACUCCACCCGGGUGGCAGGCCUGGUUCUUCGUGGCCGGCAUGAGGGCGACGCUGAGAUCCUGGGCCCAGGCGCCCAACCCAAGCCCCUGUACCAUCGCGUGUGGCGGGCCAGCGCCAUAUUGGAGGGAGCGGCACCGGCGCGAGGCGCUGGGGCGCUGGGCUUUACGUUCAGGCUGACGUCGGCGACGAGUGACGUCGAGUCCGUAGUGCUGGCCGGCUUGCCUGUACCCCAAUGGAAUGUUUCCCUGCCGCCAGCAAUCAGCGCCGGUGCCCUGCUGGCCUUGGAGGUGCUGCAGCAGUCGCCCCACCUGACGGCCCUGCAUGUCCACGCACGUGGAAACUCUGCCGGCGUGUUGUAUCGGCGGCAGGAUCCGGCGCCGGCGCUGCGCUGCUUCGCCGCGGAGAGAGUCGGCAGGACGGCCAUCAGCCUGAUCGGGGUCGGGGUGUAUGCAGCCUGCUCACCAGCAACUGCUUCGGCCAGCCCGACGUCCAGCAGCCACUGCCUCGUCACCGGCGCCGUCCUGAAUGUGCGCGCGCUGCAGGUGCUUGCCGCGCCGGCGCAUGCGCAUCCCAAGCCGCUCCUCGGACCGGGGGCAUGGAUCAUCGGCGGCGGGGCGGGGGCGCUGGGGCUGCUCGCUGCCCAGCUGGUCCAACAAACCGGGCGCCCAGGCGUGGAGAUUGCUGUGCCUGCGCGCUCCGGCAGGGUCAGCGGCUUCGGCCAGGAGGUCGGCGCACGAGACCUGGCAUGGAGCAAUGGCCUCCUUACCAUCCUCAUGAGUGAUUUGGCGAUGGACUGUCACGGACUGGAAAGCGUGGCCAGUGCUCGCCUGGGACUGGUGCACGCCGCCGGGGUGCUGAGGGACGCCGGCAUCGCGGCGCUGCGUCCCUCCAGCUUCCGCGUAGCUGCAGCUCCCAAGGCGUUUGGCAUGUGGCGGCUGGCAAGGAUGACGUCUGGAUCUGCACUGGAGGCUUCCAUCUUGUUCAGCUCCAUUGCCAGUGUCACUGGACCCUCUGGCAGUGCGGCCUAUGCCGCGGCCAAUGGAGCGCUGGACGACUAUGAAUCCGCUUCUGCGUUGCUGGAGGAGGUGCUGGCUGCUGUGCAGGCUGUGCAUGGCGACAGGCCCGCCCCAGACAUGCCGCUGGUCCAGGCGGGGCUGGACUCCCUCGGCACGGUGGAGCUGAGCCAGCGUCUGGCGGCCAGAUUUGGCCUCCGCCUGCAGCCCACCCUGGUGUUUGACCACCCGACGGCUGCCGCGCUGGCACGCCACAUCGCAGAGCUGUUCUUGACUGGCGUGGAGCUGUUUGACGCCUCGGCAUUCUAUGUUUCAGCGGCAGAAGCGCUUGUCAUGGACCCCCAGCAACGCAUGAUGUUGGAGGACGCUUCCCAUGCCCUCUCGGCCUGGAGCGGGCACCCCAACCGCGACAGCACCGCGAUCAUCAGCGCCCAGUCCUUCUGGGACUAUGCAUCUGAGGCAGACAGGGCCAUCCCUGGCCUGGGGGCAGCCUACCGCGCGAGCGGCAGAUGCUUCAGCGUUGCAGCCGGCCGCAUCUCCUUUACAUUCGGCUUGCAAGCGCUGCUGACGCUGGACCCCUCCACAAUCAACAUGCUGACCGCCGCCGGCAUGCUGUCCCCUGACGGUCGGUGCAAGACCCUGGAAUCUGCGGCAGACGGAUAUGGCCGAGGCGAGGGCUGCGUCACCCUUGGCCUCACACGCCAGGGUCAAAACACCGAUGCCCUGGCCGUUCUAGCGGGGACCGCCAUGAACCAGGACGGGCGGUCCAGCAGCCUGACGGCACCCCACGGUCCCAGCCAGCAGGCUGUCAUCAGCCAGGCCCUGGCCGCGGCCGGCGCCCCACCUGGCGCCCUCACGGGGCUGGAGCUGCACGGGACGGGGACCCCGCUGGGGGACCCCAUCGAGCUGAACGCGGCGCUGACGGUGCUGUGCCCCAGGCUGGGGCGAGGGAGGGAUGGGCAUGACCCCGGACCCUGCCUGGGCCUGCAUGCCGUCAAGACGCUGGUGGGGCAUGUCGAGCCUGCAGCUGGGGGCGCAGGCCUUCACAGCACGCUGAUGAGGAUUCGCUCGCUGGUGCUCCCCCCCCUGCUGGGACUGGGCGUCCUCAACCCGCUGAUGACGGACAGCUUCUCCGCAGCUUCCCGCGGGCUGCACGCCGCGAAGCAGCCCGGGCCCCAGGCCUGCUGCGCCCCUGGGACGCUCUCGGGCACCAGCGCCUUUGCCUUCCAGGGCACCAACGCGCACGCGCUGCUGGCGCUGCCACAGGUGCUGACGCCGACCGAGGCGCUCGUCCGCAGGCCAGCCUGGCGGCGCCAGCGCUGCUGGUUCGGGCCCCGUCCCCACGUCCUGCUGGUCCGGGCGGGGGCGCCCAAAAAUGCGACCUGCCAGCUGCGGGCCAGCCUGGUCUCGCGACGGCUGGCCUACAUCUGGCAGCAUGCCGUGAGCGGCAGGCCCCUCCUGCCCGGCGCAGCCAUGAUGGAGGCAAUGCACGGCGCUGGGGGGUCUCUGAACGCCAACCCAGGUGUUUGA